AGAGAGUGGUGACGGAGGUGGCAAGGGAAGUGGUGGAGGGGCAUGGCAAGGCGUGGACGGGGGAGGGCGCGGAGCAGUGCGCGGGGAGGCUGCCCAUCGACGGGGCGAGGGCGCUGGUGCAGCUGUAUGGGCUGCCGUGCUCCCCUGAGGGGUUCCUGCACACGCUACUAGAGAGGCUUCAAGGCAGGUGGCACCAGGCUAAGUCCUUGCCAGGGGCCCAUCGGCUGCUCUCCCAUCUCACGGCAGCGCACGUGCCUGUAGCCCUCGCCUCCAGCUCACCGCGCGGCAUCAUUGCCACCAAGCUUGCCCUUCAGCCAGGAUGGCAGGAGCUGUUUGCAGUGACAGUAGCGGGGGUGGAGGUGGCACAGGGCAAGCCAGCUCCUGACAUAUUUUUGAGAGCUGCAGAGCUGAUGGGAGCUAAGCCUUCGGAGUGCCUGGUGUUUGAGGACGCCCCUGCAGGUGUGCAGGCAGCCAGGGCAGCGGGCAUGCAUGUCGUGGCUGUGCCUUCUCUGCCACAGAAGGCUGCACGACCGCUCUACUCCUCCGCACACCAAAUCCUUGCUUCACUUCUAGACUUCCAACCAACGGACUGGGGCCUACCACCCUUCACUGACUGGGUGCAUGCAUCGCUGCCCAUCGAUCCAUGGUUCAUGAAAGGGCCUGUCAUCAAGGGCUGCGGCAGGGGAUCCAAGAUCCUAGGCAUUCCCACAGCCAACCUGCCGUCCUCAUCAUUCGCAGGGCACCUGGCAGAGCACACGUGUGGGAUCUACCAUGGGUGGGCCGCCUUGCCGGGGAGGGGCGUAUUUAAGAUGGUUAUGAGCGUGGGCUGGAAUCCCUUCUUUAACAACACGCAUAAGACAGUGGUGGGUGCGAGUGUGUGCAUCUGUGUAUUGUGCGUGCGUGCGCGCGUGGCGUGGGUGGGUGGGUGUGUGGGUUGGGUGCUUAGGUGUAUGGGAGCUCGGGUGGAUGGGUGCUCGGGUGGAUGGGAGCUCGGGUGGAUGGGUGCUCGGGUGGAUGGGUGCUCGGGUGGAUGGGUGCUCGGGUGGAUGGGUGCUCGGGUGGAUGGGUGCUCGGGUGGAUGGGAGCUCGGGUGGAUGGGUGCUCGGGUGGAUGGGUGCUCGGGUGGAUGGGUGCUCGGGUGGAUGGGUGCUCGGGUGGAUGGGUGCUCGGGUGUAUGGGUGCUCGGGUGGAUGGGUGCUCGGGUGGAUGGGUGCUCGGGUGGAUGGGUGCUCGGGUGUAUGGGUGCUCGGGUGGAUGGGUGCUCGGGUGUAUGGGUGCUCGGGUGGAUGGGUGCUCGGGUGUAUGGGUGCUCGGGUGGAUGGGUGCUCGGGUGGAUGGGUGCUCGGGUGUAUGGGUGCUCGGGUGGAUGGGUGCUCGGGUGUAUGGGUGCUCGGGUGUAUGGGUGCUCGGGUGUAUGGGUGCUCGGGUGGAUGGGUGCUCGGGUGGAUGGGUGCUCGGGUGUAUGGGUGCUCAGGUGGAUGGGUGCUCGGGUGUAUGGGUGCUUUGGUGGAUGGGUGCUCGGGUGUAUGGGUGCUCGGGUGGAUGGGUGCUCGGGUGUAUGGGUGCUCGGGUGGAUGGGUGCUCGGGUGGAUGGGUGCUCGGGUGUAUGGGUGCUCGGGUGGAUGGGUGCUCGGGUGUAUGGGUGCUCGGGUGGAUGGGUGCUCGGGUGUAUGGGUGCUCGGGUGGAUGGGUGCUCGGGUGGAUGGGUGCUCGGGUGUAUGGGUGCUCGGGUGGAUGGGUGCUCGGGUGUAUGGGUGCUCGGGUGUAUGGGUGCUCGGGUGUAUGGGUGCUCGGGUGGAUGGGUGCUCGGGUGGAUGGGUGCUCGGGUGUAUGGGUGCUCGGGUGGAUGGGUGCUCGGGUGGAUGGGUGCUCGGGUGCUCGGGUGGAUGGGUGCUCGGGUGCAUGGGUUCUCGGGUGGAUGGUUGCUCGGGUGGAUGGGUGCUCGGGUGUAUGGGUGCUCGGGUGUAUGGGUGCUCGGGUGGAUGGGUGCUCGGGUGUAUGGGUGCUCGGGUGGAUGGGUGCUCGGGUGGAUGGGUGCUCGGGUGUAUGGGUGCUCGGGUGGAUGGGUGCUCGGGUGGAUGGGUGCUCGGGUGUAUGGGUGCUCGGGUGGAUGGGUGCUCGGGUGUAUGGGUGCUCGGGUGGAUGGGUGCUCGGGUGGAUGGGUGCUCGGGUGUAUGGGUGCUCGGGUGGAUGGGUGCUCGGGUGGAUGGGUGCUCGGGUGGAUGGGUGCUCGGGUGUAUGGGUGCUCGGGUGGAUGGGUGCUCGGGUGGAUGGGUGCUCGGGUGGAUGGGUUCUCGGGUGGAUGGGUGCUCGGGUGGAUGGGUGCUCGGGUGUAUGGGUGCUCGGGUGUAUGGGUGCUCGGGUGGAUGGGUGCUCGGGUGUAUGGGUGCUCGGGUGGAUGGGUGCUCGGGUGGAUGGGUGCUCGGGUGGAUGGGUGCUCGGGUGUAUGGGUGCUCGGGUGUAUGGGUGCUCGGGUGGAUGGGUGCUCGGGUGGAUGGGUGCUCGGGUGUAUGGGUGCUCGGGUGGAUGGGUGCUCGGGUGUAUGGGUGCUCGGGUGGAUGGGUGCUCGGGUGGAUGGGUGCUCGGGUGUAUGGGUGCUCGGGUGGAUGGGUACUCGGGUGGAUGGGUGCUCGGGUGGAUGGGUGCUCGGGUGUAUGGGUGCUCGGGUGUAUGGGUGCUCGGGUGGAUGGGUGCUCGGGUGGAUGGGUGCUCGGGUGUAUGGGUGCUCGGGUGGAUGGGUGCUCGGGUGUAUGGGUGCUCGGGUGGAUGGGUGCUCGGGUGGAUGGGUGCUCGGGUGUAUGGGUGCUCGGGUGGAUGGGUUCUCGGGUGGAUGGGUGCUCGGGUGGAUGGGUGCUCGGGUGAAUGGGUGCUCGGGUGUAUGGGUGCUCGGGUGGAUGGGUGCUCGGGUGUAUGGGUGCUCGGGUGGAUGGGUGCUCGGGUGGAUGGGUGCUCGGGUGUAUGGGUGCUCGGGUGUAUGGGUGCUCGGGUGGAUGGGUGCUCGGGUGGAUGGGUGCUCGGGUGUAUGGGUGCUCGGGUGGAUGGGUGCUCGGGUGUAUGGGUGCUCGGGUGGAUGGGUGCUCGGGUGGAUGGGUGCUCGGGUGGAUGGGUGCUCGGGUGGAUGGGUGCUCGGGUGGAUGGGUGCUCGGGUGGAUGGGUGCUCGGGUGGAUGGGUGCUCGGGUGGAUGGGUGCUCGGGUGGAUGGGUGCUCGGGUGGAUGGGUGCUCGGGUGGAUGGGUGCUCGGGUGGAUGGGUGCUCGGGUGGAUGGGUGCUCGGGUGGAUGGGUGCUCGGGUGGAUGGGUGCUCGGGUGGAUGGGUGCUCGGGUGUAUGGGUGCUCGGGUGGAUGGGUGCUCGGGUGUAUGGGUGCUCGGGUGGAUGGGUGCUCGGGUGGAUGGGUGCUCGGGUGGAUGGGUGCUCGGGUGGAUGGGUGCUCGGGUGGAUGGGUGCUCGGGUGGAUGGGUGCUCGGGUGGAUGGGUGCUCGGGUGGAUGGGUGCUCGGGUGGAUGGGUGCUCGGGUGGAUGGGUGCUCGGGUGGAUGGGUGCUCGGGUGGAUGGGUGCUCGGGUGGAUGGGUGCUCGGGUGGAUGGGUGCUCGGGUGGAUGGGUGCUCGGGUGGAUGGGUGCUCGGGUGGAUGGGUGCUCGGGUGUAUGGGUGCUCGGGUGGAUGGGUGCUCGGGUGGAUGGGUGCUCGGGUGUAUGGGUGCUCGGGUGUAUGGGUGCUCGGGUGGAUGGGUGCUCGGGUGGAUGGGUGCUCGGGUGUAUGGGUGCUCGGGUGGAUGGGUGCUCGGGUGUAUGGGUGCUCGGGUGGAUGGGUGCUCGGGUGGAUGGGUGCUCGGGUGUAUGGGUGCUCGGGUGGAUGGGUGCUCGGGUGGAUGGGUGCUCGGGUGGAUGGGUGCUCGGGUGUAUGGGUGCUCGGGUGUAUGGGUGCUCGGGUGGAUGGGUGCUCGGGUGGAUGGGUGCUCGGGUGUAUGGGUGCUCGGGUGGAUGGGUGCUCGGGUGUAUGGGUGCUCGGGUGGAUGGGUGCUCGGGUGGAUGGGUGCUCGGGUGUAUGGGUGCUCGGGUGGAUGGGUUCUCGGGUGGAUGGGUGCUCGGGUGGAUGGGUGCUCGGGUGAAUGGGUGCUCGGGUGUAUGGGUGCUCGGGUGGAUGGGUGCUCGGGUGUAUGGGUGCUCGGGUGGAUGGGUGCUCGGGUGGAUGGGUGCUCGGGUGUAUGGGUGCUCGGGUGUAUGGGUGCUCGGGUGGAUGGGUGCUCGGGUGGAUGGGUGCUCGGGUGUAUGGGUGCUCGGGUGGAUGGGUGCUCGGGUGUAUGGGUGCUCGGGUGGAUGGGUGCUCGGGUGGAUGGGUGCUCGGGUGGAUGGGUGCUCGGGUGGAUGGGUGCUCGGGUGGAUGGGUGCUCGGGUGGAUGGGUGCUCGGGUGGAUGGGUGCUCGGGUGGAUGGGUGCUCGGGUGGAUGGGUGCGUGGGUGGAUGGGUGCUCGGGUGGAUGGGUGCUCGGGUGGAUGGGUGCUUAU